UCAGUACAUCACGAGUGCUUCCAAUUUAAACAGACGUUAUACAAGUGUUAUAAAGUUGAAUGGCAAAAGUGCAUAACACAACGACACAAUAUAUGCAAAAAGGUGCCACGAGUGAUUUUACAUCUUUGUACUUUACCUAUUUCAGUACCGUUGCAUUAUAAUACGCAAUUUUUUAUGAAGUCGUCGAGUAAAGUUUCUUCAUUGGAGUCCCCCUUCGAGGUGGUCCUGGUUUUGUGACACAUGACAAUGUCUUUGCCUUUUUCUAGUAAAAAUGAAGCUAUCAGUGGAAUCAGUGAGAAUACUUCAAUUAGUGCACACGGGAAGAAUUCGCUUGUUGGUAUAAAUAACAGUGUAGCAAUUAACAUUGAUCUUGAUGAGCCCAUCAUCUCAAAGAAUUCUAACUCGGUGAAAAAAGUGCGACUAAUAGACACUCGACCACGAGUUCGAAGUCAGAGUGCCACCUACCCCGACACCCUCGCCCACGACAUCUCCCCUCCCUUCAUGUUCCCGUCGUCCUCUGGUCAACAGAGCCAAUUUGAUCAGUUUCCUACCAAGCAUUAUUCCAAUGAGGAGGCCCUGAGAAUGAGUGAAGAAAGACUUUUGGCCGAAUUAAUGGAUCCACAUGGAUCGGAGCAUUCAUUAGGCUACGAUUUUGGGGGACAGAGAAGCUCCUCAAACUUGUCUACGAAACAUAAGCUCGAGCGGUGGAAUAAUGUGGAUUCUCAAGAUGAUGAGUUCCAAGAAGAAGAGGGUGCGGAUGUGUUCAAUGGCGAAUCUUUUUUAGGGGGUGGAGCAGGGCAGACGACUUUUCCGGCACGACAAAGCCCUUCUCCUCUCCCAGGCAGACCAACCCAACUAAAGUUUGCGAAACCCCCCUUCGGGCGGGCUGGGAGUUUCACGAGCAGCAACGUGUGGAUGUCAAUGUCCACUCAUGAUGAUGACUACAUGCGACAUGAAUGUGUAGAAAAGUGCUCGUCGUCAUUGCAUUUGGCUGUAAAGACUGGGAAUGUGGACGAAAUUGAGAUUUUACUGGAAACUGGGUCUGACACCAACUCCAAGGACUGCACUGGGAAGACCCCUUUGCAUUGGGCCGUUUGUGCAGGAUGCAACUGUGACGCUUGCACUGCACUUGCUGCAAAAUGCACUCAACUCUUGGUAGAUUCCCCCAAGACAAAUAUUGAUCUCCAAGAUAACAAUGGCGACACUGCAUUGCAUCUCGCCGCAGAGUAUCAAGCCACAAAAUGCGCAUCCAUUUUAUUAUACAGUGGAGCUGACCACUCGAUAAAAUCCAAGUCUGGAGUGAAAGCGUUAGCUUUAAUGGUGGAGAAAAUUCCAGAAGCGAUGGACAGUUUAUUGUCCAGAGCAGUAUCUGUCGAGAAGUAUGAUCCAACCAACGUCAAAUGUGAACUCAAGCUGGAUUUUGGAGCAAUUGUGGGAUAUUCGGAAGCCCGAGGUCUCUCCCAACGGAGCGGAGGGGUGAAAGGUCAGCCUUCCUCGGACUCGAGUGGGAAUUGGAACCCGAAAGCUAGGAAGGAAAUGCAGCUCUUGACCCUCAUUUUGGACUGCAGUAGUUCGGCACGAAAAAAGAUCUUGACCCAUCCACUCAUCGGAAUCUUCCUCCAUCUCAAGUGGAUGAGAAUCAAGACCAUGUUCUGGCUAACCAUCCUCCUCCAUGUUGUUCUCCUUCUUCUCUACACAAUGUACAUUUUGGACGUGUACUUGAUAAGCUGUCCCUACCGCCCAAAGAUUACCGAGCCAGCCGCAGUGAAAGCUGCCAAAGCGGAGGGCAACUAUUUGCAAAGUGACAACUCAACCUACCGAGCAGAAUUUAUCAAGUUCUCAUGGUUGGAAUUUUCACCACAAUUGCAAGAGCUUGGAAUAAAAUCCAACCUUUAUGAGGGUUGUCCACUCGAAAUUGGUCCAACGGUCAAGUCAGUCCUUCUCCUCGCCCUAACGAUCCUGAUGGUGACCAACGAAGUCUUUAAGAUGCUCCCUGCCCCCCGCUCGUACUGGAAAAGGACUCCAAAUAGACUCCAGUGGGCACUGUUCUUCUUCAUUUUUAUCACCUCGUGGCCGGUCUUCAUGUCGCAUCCCAACAUCAAUUUUUGGCAAUAUCAAGCUGCAGCUUUUGGCUUAUUUUUGGCCUGGGGGUUGAUGCUAACUCAAAUUGGCAAGUUUCCAAUUUUAGGAUUGUACGUCGAGAUCUUAACAAAGGUGUUGAAGAACUUUGGAUUCUUCAUGAUAACGUACGCAUCUCUUCUUAUUGCGUUUGCCUUGGCCUUCUGUGUCCUAUUUCCUGGCAACGCUCCUUACAGCUCCAUCCCUUUAGCCAUACUUAAAGUCUUGAUGAUGAUGGUGGGGGAAGUAAACUAUGAAGAUCUGUUUUAUGGAAAUGAGGAGAACCCUGUCGAUGAUUUGCUUUAUCCAAUAACGGGACACAUACUGUACGGAGCUUUCGUGAUUAUGGUCACCAUUGUACUCAUGAAUUUGCUUGUAGGUCUCACUGUGAGCGACAUUCAGAGACGCCAAUUUUGUAUACAGGGUUUACAAAAAGAUGCUGAACUUACUCGCCUCUCUCGUCAAAUUGGCGAAAUUGCUCAAUUGGAGUCUUUCGUUUUUUCGAAAAGGGUUCAAUCAUUUUUGCCAGGAUCCGUUGCAGCCUUCCUUCGCGAUUCAAUUCUAGUCGUCCCCGCACAGAAAUUUUUGGAUAAUCCUCAAAAUUCAAAAUUUUCCAGAGAAGAAACUUGGUAUUUCUACUGCCUUCCUAACGAUCCCAAUGACAAAUCAAUCCCAGAAGACUUGAAACUUGCCAUCAUAAAACUCGCAGCAUCUCAACAUCGGAAUAGGAGAACAAACAAAUGUUCCAAGAUACUGAACCGUGGUGGAGCUGCCGUCCUCACUCCAACCACUCCCCUCUUGCAAGAAUACCAAAAAUAUGCUGCAAAAAUUUCUGCGGAAGGUUAUCCGUCCACCAUCCCACCAGGGACAACCACUGGCGAUGAGAAUUCGCCCGAGGGUGGUGGCGGUUUCAUGUGGACGGCGACAGAUCAACAUCAGCAUCCUUCUAAGUUGAUGAGUGGAUAUGAAAAUUCUGAAGGGGAUGGAGUUGUUGGGACAUCGUCGGCAUACCCUCUAAAUUUUAGACAUGGAGCGGUCUCGUCCACUGGGACUGCAGUACCUCCUCCUCCUUUGAAUAUGAAUAUUAGAGAUGCCACUGAACUGAUGAAAAAACUGGAAGAGAAGAUAAUGGACCGGAUGAAAAUACAAAUCGAUGCAUUGUAUCAAAAAAUAGAGGACAAGAUGAUGCAGUAAUUUUAAACCGUAAUAAACUUUACUUUAGAAAAUGCAUUA